AUGUCGGAGCCAGAAUCUUUUUCACUGGUCGGCCUCGAGGUGGUGGAUGGUGUGGCCAUCAUCUCGCUGCAGAACCCUCCCGUGAACGCACUGCACCCGGAUGUGCUGAACGGACUCUUCAAGACUCUGGAACGGUGCAAUGCAGAUCCCGACGUUGCCGCGUUUGUCAUCACCGGCUCCUCAGACAUCUUCAGCGCGGGCAUGGACAUCAACCUCCUGCGCCAGCCCGGGCUGGAUGUGGCCAGCGGGCGCCCCGCCGCCGUCGCCAACCUACGCCUGCAGCUGGAGGAGGCCGCCAAGCCCAGCGUGGCGGCGGUGACCGGAAGCUGCCUGGGCGGCGGCCUGGAGCUGGCGCUGGCCUGCACCGCGCGCGUGGCCGCCCACGACGCUCGGCUGGGCCUGCCGGAGGUGCGGCUGGGCCUGUGCCCCGGGCUGGGGGGCACGCAACGCCUGCCCCGCUUGGUCGGCCUGCAGCCGGCGCUGCGCCUCAUCCUGUCCGGGGCGGCCAUUGGGGCGGCGGAGGCCGCGACCCUGGGCCUGGUGGACGAGGUGGCGGUGGCCGGGGGGGCCUUGGUGGCCUCUGCCUCACGCCUGGCGCGGGAGCUGGCUGCCGCGCCGGACCACCCGCUGCGUGGCCGGGGGUCGCUGCUGGAGCGGGACGACCGCCUGCCGCCCCCCGCCGAGGCGGAGGAGCUGUUCGCCGCGGCGCGGGACAAGACCGCGCGGCAGUGGGUCAAUCUGCGCUCCACGCUGCUCUGCCUCGACGCCGUGCAGUACGGCGUCGCCCACGGUGGCCGCGCGGGGGAAGACAAGGAGGGCGAGUGCUUCGGCAGCGCCCUGGCCCUGGACUCCCACCGCGCCCUGCUCCGCGCUUUCUUCGCGCACCGCGCUGCGCUCAAGGCCCGCGGCCCGCGCCGGGUCCGGCUCUGGGUGCAGUCCCUCUGGGCGCGGCUCGCCGCCCUGCUGGCCCUGCUGCUGGAGUGGUGGCGGCUGGGGGCAAGGAACACGGGCCUCCGCGUCAAGGAGCUGUGA